GGCUCAACACGCGCCAGCCGCCCUAACUACGCGUCGACAACACCGUUGGAGGCUACAGUAUCUGAGAGGUCUCAAACAUGCUGACCAUUGCUGCUGCCACAGGGUCGCCUAGGGUACUAGCAAGAACUUUCGUAGCGUGGUUCCGAGGCUUGCACGCGCUAAAUCCUCCGUCCGUGUCAGCCUCGGUACGGAGGAGAGCCAGUGCGGUCCGUCAGACCGCUUCCUUCCUUCCCCCUCCGAGCCGCCGCCUUCGGAGGCUGCUUUGCUUCCCCCCAAGCAUCGCCAACCUGCUUCUUGAAGAUUCUCUCAUCGCCUUGAAGGCUGCUUUGGUUUCCGCAGCCAUUAUGUCCGUUUGGCUCCUCCACUAGAAUUUCUCACUCCACUCGGCAUUUCUUUGUUUUGCUUUCUCCCGAGGCUCCGCUCCACCACUACCACUUGCACAACUUGAAGUCCCGGCGUUACCACUACUACGAGCACAGCGCCCCCCAAGAUUUGUCUCUCAAGGACUCUUCUCGUGGCCCACCGCAAUGCCGCCGCCAAAGCCGGCGAGUGCGGCGAUGCAGCGAGCAUGGCUUGCACUCGCGGCGCUUUCGUUUGUCAUCUUUGUCUCCUCGUGCCACGCACAACCGAUCAAUGCGUCUCAAGCUGUGUUUCUCAGCGACUGCCAGAAGGCAUGGGGGAAGACAAUGGAAGGGUGGACGCUGCGAGCCGACUGCGGCUCCGCAGAUGGACUGUUCUGUGACGCUUCAGGCAUGAUCACUGCGAUACAUCUGAUAAAUAGGAAGCUCACCGGGUCCAUUCCAGCUGGAAUUGGAAGCCUUGCUGCAUUGGAGUACCUGGAUCUCUCGUACAACUCUUUGACUGGCCCCAUUCCCAACAGCAUCACCUCGCUGAAUCGGCUCUCCUCUUUUUUAUGUGAUAAUCAGCUCACGGGGUCCAUUCCAGCUGGAUUUGAAAACCUUACUUCUUUGCAGUACUUACUUCUCGGGGCUAAUCGGCUUACGGGUUCCAUUCCAGCUGAUUUUGCAUAUCUCCUUAGCUUGCUCUCACUGAAUCUCUCGUCCAACUCUUUGUCUGGCUCCAUUUCCAACAGCAUCUCCCAACUUGCUCUUCUCUCCUCUGCGGAUCUUUCGUCCAACUCUUUGACUGGCCCCAUUCCCAGCAGCAUCUCCUCACUUACUCAGCUUUCUUAUAUAAACUUUGCUGGUAAUCAGCUCACGGGGUCCAUUCCAGCUGGAAUUGCAGCUCCCUUUGCAUUGUAUUACCUACUUCUUGGGGAUAAUCGGCUUACGGGUUCCAUUCCAGCUGAUUUUGCAUAUCUCCUUAGCUUGCUCUCACUGGAUCUUUCGUCCAACUCUUUGAGUGGCUCCAUUCCCAAUGGGAUCACCACGCUUUGGAGUCUGAUCUUUCUAAACUUAGCUGGUAAUCAGCUCACGGGGCCCAUUCCAGCUGGAAUUGGAAACCUCGCUUCUUUGAUGGAUCUGAAUCUCUCGUCCAACUCUUUGUCUGGCUCCAUUCCCAACACCAUCAGCUCGCUCGCUCUUCUGUCCUCUGUGGGAAUUCAUGACACGAACCUCAAAGGAACGCUGCCAUCUUUUUUGGGUUUUUUAACCUGUCUCAAUUCACUCAACAUGAGCGGAACAAACCUCACGUGCCCACCUGACUACAACGCAUGUGGCCCAACACAGUCGCCUAAGACAGCCUUUUGCCACACGUGUUCUUCCUUUUGCAGCACUUGCGGAAAAGCGCCAGUUGCACUCAACCUGAUUGCACGUAGAAAACCCAACCUUCCCCCUUCAUUUUCUUUGCCUGAGUGCACCGCCUGUGUGACUGCUUGGCUGAAUGCAAUCGGUUGUGCUCUUCGUGGUAAGUUCUAUGCACUGAUCCUCUGCAACUUCCUCACUCAACUUGUGGCUGUAAUCCCCACUCCAUUGUUUUACACUUUAGCAGUAACAACCACAAACAGCUCCAGAACCACCACCAACAGCAGCAGCAGCAGCAGCAGCAGUGAUUUGUCUUCACCAGCAGCAUCUGGAGGUGGAGGAGGUGUUUCGGUGGGGGUCAUCAUCGGCAUUGCUGUUGCUGCUGUGGUCAUUCUCCUGCUUCUGGGUGCCAUGCUGGUAUACUUCACGCGCAAGAGGCAGCAGAAGCCAAAAGGUCUGAGUGCCAGUCUAGCUGCUUCACACUGCACCGAGUUCUCUCUGGCUGAAGUCCUCAAAGCCACCAAUGACUGGUCGGAAGAGAAUCAGCUUGGCUCGGGUGCCUUUGGUGAUGUAUAUAAGGGCGUGCCUCCCCGCGAUGGCACCACAACAUGGGCUGUGAAGCGAGCCAGAUGGAUGAAUGCCGACUUCCAAAGGGAGGUCCAGCAGAUGGCCGACAAGAACCAUCCCAACAUUGUGCGCUUGCUUGGGUUUGCUGUUGGAGGAGACAUGCAGACGCGGCCAGAGCAAGUCUUGAUCUACGAGUUUGUGCCCAAUGGUGACCUCCAGCAUUGGAUCGAUCCAAAGGCAGCCUACCCUCUUAGUUUCAAGCAGCGGCUGGACAUCCUCAUUGGUGCUGCAUGUGGCGUUGAGUACCUCCACAGCUUUGACAUCGUGCAUCGCGACAUCAAACCCGCCAACAUUCUCAUUGAAGAUGACAUGCAGCCUAAGAUUGCAGACUUCGGGCUAGUGAGGGUGGGAGAGGGAACCACAGUGGGCACUACUCGAGUCAUGGGAACACCGGGCUACGUGGAUCCAGUCUACUCCAGGACGUCUAAGGCAACCACCACCAGCGAUGUCUACAGCUUCGGUGUGCUCAUGCUUGUGGUGCUCACCGGACGCCCUGCACUCUUUGAUUCCGAUGGCGAAAGCAGGGCUAUUAUACCAUGGGUGGAAGAGUGCCUCUCCUCCGGCACAGCAGCGAGUCUCAGGGACCCCAAGAUGGAGGCCCCUGAAGAUGCUGUGCUGCGCGUGGCUCGGCUGGCAGUCAGCUGCACCGUGGAGCGCACUGCGAGCCGCCCGAGCAUGGCUCACAUUGCCAACGAGCUGCAGGCUGUCAGGGAGGAGGUGGUGGGAAAGGACGAGCUGAGUGCUGCGAUUAAGGUGGAUGCUGAGGUCCAAGAGAUGAAGGAUGCUCUUGAAGGUGGGGGAAGUCUUGAUGCGCAGCUCGAGUUGAUUGGGGAUAGCUUUUCCACCGAAAACCCAGUCUGAAUUUGUGAAGAGGGGUACUGCAAAUAGACUUCACUUGUAGAGUUCACACUGGAUUCCAUUCCAUUGCCAAGUUUUUGGCUCUUGAUUGAUGUCAUGGUUUGAAUGUUCAUGUGGGUUUGUCAGCAGCUGUCAAACUAGCAAGGAAAAAGUGGACUAGGUAGAAAGUGGGGAGGGGAGAUACAAGUAGAGUGUUAUGAUCCCCUCUGAGAGCUGGUCUAGCUAGGCUGUAGAUAACAAACAUGUCUACCCUAGCAAGAUAUAUGUAUAUAGUAAU